ACCGAUUCGGUUGAAAGCAGGGGCAUGCCUCAAAUUGAAAGCGUUGGGACCGAGUCCAUAUGUCGCUAGACUGACUGGACUCGCAAUUCAGAAACAUCUUCCGCCCCUUGACAUUCCAAGAUCAAUGUCAAUGCGGGUCUCUCAAACCAAAGAGUUUCUCUGGGUCCCAGACAAACUCUUGCAUGGGCCGCUAUAAGAGCAGCGCUAUCGACUAUCGAAGACAAUUCAAUCUCCCUCCCUCAGCUGCAAUCCGCGCUUGCAGCCACACACCAUGAUGUGAAACUUCACAUCACUUCUGCCUUUCAACUUGGUGCUGACGCAAAGAACUCGGGGUUUUCAAAUCCAAUUUCUGUCGACUGAAAUAUCACACACCACAAUCUGGGCUCUAAUUUUCUGCACACUUGUUGCCACUUUCAAAUAGGGGAGAAGAAUACAGCUGGGAUUGGAGUCGUGCAUAUCACAUUCUGAAUUCGACUUUAACACGCAUAGUUUUGUUGCCUUCCAUCGUAAGCAUGGCGGGAUCUGAAGGAAAGUUGAUCACAGUUAUGCUUCUUGCUGGUAUGAUGCAAUUUGCAUCUGCUGUAACGUACACCGUGGGCGAUGCUGUUGGCUGGACAUUUGUAGAAAGUGCAACAUUCUACGACGACUGGGCCAAAACCCACACUUUCAGAGUCGGCGAUGAGCUCGAUUUCCAGUACAGCUUUCCGGCUCAUGAUGUUUUCGAAGUAAGUGAGACAGAUGUGGCAAGCUGCACGAAUGCCACCACCAUCCAGAAGUGGGAGUUCUCCAACGCAAAGGUCACUCUCAACAGCGUUGGGUACCAUGGCUACAUCUGCUCACUUCCCAGCCACUGCAGCCCCGGAAACAUGAAGAUGAGUUUGCAAGUUGUUGCUGCAGACGAUACAGUUAGCCAGCAGCCUGCAGACGCACCUGCAGGGCCACCAACUGCCGGUGAUACACCUGGAAACAGCGGCUUUACUCUAAAAUCCGGAUCUGCUCUGAUGUUCGGAACGGUAGCAGCUGCUUUUGUAGCUCUCCUGAAUUAGACUCCAAAACCCAAACGCCAUAUUUCCCUAUCUGCUUGACACUACUUUACGUUGUCAGCAGAAAAGUAUGAACGUUUCUGAUCUCAGUCGCUUCAUUUGAACAUUUUACGACACAUUUUGUACAAGUUAGAGCAUCGGGCCUGAGAUAAAACACACACAUUUACAACUCCAUUAGAACAAACGUAGUUUUGACAUGAUCCUAUUUUGUCUCCCCUUGUACUUUAAAUCCCUCCAUUUAAUUCUUUUGUUCCCAAAACAAUGCACCCUUUUGCUACAAUUUUUGUGGAUGAUUGUUAGUAUUGU